UUUGUUAACAUCAAAUACGAGAGCCAAACUUGUUGAUAUUACUUAGAGAUUUGUUAUUAAAUGUAAUUAAAAUGUUUUCAACUAGCUCUCAAAGAAAGUAUUGGACAUUUAGUGAUGAAAACGAGUUGGCCCGUCACCGGGAGAAACAUAACUUGGAAUUCAUUUCGAAACACGGUCAUCACAUCGACGAAUAUCAAAGGUACAACUUCUUUCUCUCACCAGAAGAAGAGAGACUACUUUUAAAACAAUACGAGCUUCAUUUAAAAGAGUUCUGCAAACGAUUCGCUCCUCCAAUGCCAAAGGGAGUAGUCGGCACAGCAUUUCACUAUUUUAAAAGGUUUUAUUUGUAUAACUCUUCAAUGGAUUAUCAUCCUAAAGAAAUUCUUGCAACUUGUGUAUAUUUAGCGUGUAAAGUAGAAGAAUUCAACGUAUCAAUUGGUCAAUUUGUGGCCAACAUAAAAGGCGACAGAGAAAAGGCAUCAGACAUCAUACUAAACAACGAAUUACUGCUGAUGCAACAGUUAAACUAUCACUUGACGAUCCACAAUCCAUUCCGUCCCGUUGAGGGAUUUCUAAUAGAUAUUAAGACCAGGUGCACACUUGCUAAUCCCGAACGGUUAAGAAGUGGCAUUGAUGAAUUUUUGGAGAAAGUAUUCUUAACAGAUGCUUGUUUACUUUACGCGCCUUCUCAAAUCGCGUUGGCGGCUGUUCUUCACGCUGCUAGUAAAGAACAAGAGAACUUAGACAGUUAUGUCACAGAUAUGCUGUUUCGUGACGCUGGACAGGAUAAGCUAGCUAUACUCAUUGAAGCCGUGCGUAAGAUUCGGUCAAUGGUUAAAAUGGUCGAAAGUCCAGCUCGAGAGAGAGUUCGGAUAAUUGAAAAGAAAUUGGAUAGAUGUCGUAACCAGGAGAAUAAUCCAGAUAGUGAGAUUUACAAGAGACGCAUGAGGGAGGCUCUCGAUGAAGAUGAUAUGCCACAAACUGGGUCGAGCAGAAUGUCUUUGGAUACAAGUGGCAUUUCACAAGUACUGUCUCCUUCAGCUUCAUAGAUUAUAAUAUUGACUUAUAUUUGACAUUUAUUAUUAAAUAAACUUAUGACUAUUUAA